AUGAUGUAUACAGUUGAAUGCCCUAUACAAACCAUUUUUAAAUUUUAUGACAGAAAAUUAUUGACAGACAAAUUUUUUAAUAGUUCAGCAACUUAUCGUUUAGAUAGUUCUGUUUUUAUGCCCUAUGACGCUUUAACAAGAAUUACUCCAUAUACUCCAAAAGAAUAUAUUUGGGAUCAGAAAGAGGUCAAUUUAUUUUAGAAUAGUAAUUCAGAGUGACCUCACUAUGAAUUGAUAAUUUUGAACUGAAAAAUCGUAUCCCUUAAUGAGGGUUAGGGUUGCUGCUCUCGAGCCGAGCCGAAUGUCGAGGCAUUUUUUCGGGCUUGUUUCUAUAGAAUCGGGCCGUACAAGUUUUUUUGGGCCAAAUAUCUGAGGUCCAACUG